CUAACCACACGCGGCUCAAUCACGACAUUUAUUCGGCGUCCACUAUGCAUCAUCUCAACACUCUCGGUGUAAGGACGUCUAAACACAGUCGAGCGUACUGUAAAUACUGUAUGUGCAUCAUCCACUCUAGCCUACGGGAUUCUCUCCGCAAAUAACAUGGGUUAAGAGGAGGAUGUCUGGAUAAUUCAUUUCAACACUUUGCAAGGAUGGGGACUCGGAUAUUGUUUUUUAACAGAGGCAUUUUGACAAAGACGAAGAGAGAAGUCAAAGAAGGGCUUUAAUAUCAUCCUUCUACUCUUUCAUUUCCUUUCCUUCUUUUCUUUUUGAGAGAUGAUCGCAGAGUUGGUGUGCAGCGCCGUGGCACUGCUCCUGUAUGUCAACACACUGGACGCCGAUUUCUGCUACGAUGACAGCCGUGCUAUCAAGACCAACCAGGACCUUUUCCCUGAAACGCCUUGGAUCAACAUCUUCUACGAUGACUUCUGGGGGACACUUCUCACCCACAGCGGUAGCCACAAGUCCUACCGCCCACUCUGCACGCUCUCUUUUCGACUCAACUAUGCCCUGGGUGGCUUAGAUCCCUGGGGUUACCACCUGGUUAAUGUGGUUCUACACUGCACGACGACCGCCCUGUUCACUAGCCUCUCAAGCCUGCUGCUGGGGUCUGGUUGCUGGAGCCUGCUGGCCGGGCUUCUCUUUGCCGCUCAUCCCAUCCACACUGAGGCUGUGGCGGGCAUCGUGGGCCGGGCCGACGUGGGAGCCGCCCUCUUCUUUCUCCUGGCCAUAUGCUGCUACAUACGCCACUGCUCCCUGAGGACGAGCGGUGCACAUGGAUGGAGCUGGAUGUGGUUCUUAGGCACCUUGGCGUGUGCUUCCUGUAGCAUGCUGUGGAAGGAACAAGGCGUGACGGUGCUGGCCGUGGCUGGCAUGUACGACGUGUUUGUCUUCAACAGGUUGAAGCUGCAGCAGGUUCCCGCACUCUUCCAGAAGAAGAAGAACCUGCACCUGCUGUUGAGCGUUUUUCUGCUGGGCUUCUGGGGUGUCAUCCUUCUGGCUUGCCGUCUUUACUGGAUGGGAAACAAACCUCCGAACUUUUCCAACUCUGACAACCCUGCAGCGGACUGUCCUUGUUUCUUAACUAGGAUGCUAACAUUCUUUUUUCUCCCCGCAAUGAACAUUUGGCUCUUCCUGUGCCCUGACAUGCUAAGUUUUGAUUGGUCAAUGGAUGCAUUGCCUCUUGUGAGGAGCCUUGCAGAUUGGCGAAACCUCCACACCGUGGCCUUCUACACCUCGCUUCUAGCGCUGGCAUGGUUUGGGCUUUGCCAUUACCCAACCAAAAGCAAGGAGACCAAUGGGAAAGCACAUCAUGUAGCAAACGGGAAGUCCACAAAUGGACACAGUUGUAGCUAUGAACACUCAACUUUUUACUCCAACUCAGUGCAGAUGAAUGGAGCAAAUGGUACUGCAAAACACCAUUCAUCAUCUUUGCCCACCACAGAGAGUUUGGUGGUCUUCUCCUUGGGUCUGCUGGCCAUUCCCUUCAUCCCUGCCACCAACCUAUUCUUCUACGUAGGCUUUGUGGUGGCAGAGCGAGUACUGUACAUCCCUAGUAUGGGCUUCUGCCUGUUGGUAGCAGUGGGGAUGAGAGCUUUAUAUGUCAGAAUGAGGAAGAAGUCCUCAAGAACUUUGGUGCUAGGCUGCUCAGCAGCCCUGGUCCUUCUUUUCGGGAUUAAGACGGUGCUGAGGAACCGUGACUGGCAGAAUGAGGAGAUGCUAUACAAGUCAGGGAUAUCUGUGAACCCUGCUAAAGCUUGGGGUAACUUGGGAAAUGUUCUCAAGAACCAGGGAAAGGUGGUGGAGGCCGAGCGAGCCUACAGGAACGCUCUGUACUACCGGAGGAACAUGGCUGACAUGUUGUAUAACCUGGGUCUGUUGCUCCAGGAAAACAACAGAUUCUCAGAGGCCCUCCACUACUAUAAGCUGGCCAUUGGGAGCAGGCCAACGCUGGCUUCUGCCUACUUGAACACAGGGAUUGUCCUGAUGAACCAGGGCCGUCUAGAAGAGGCCAAGCGCACUUUUGUCACUUGUGCCGAUAUCCCAGAUGAAAACCUGAAGGAUCCUCAUGCACAUAAGAGCUCAGUCACCAGCUGCCUGUAUAACCUGGGAAAGCUUCUUCAUGAGCAGGGCCACCAGGAGGAGGCCAUAUCUGUAUAUAAAGAAGCGAUACAGAAGAUGCCCAGGCAGUUUGCCCCUCAGAGCCUUUAUAAUAUGAUGGGAGAGGCCUACAUGAGGCUGAAUAAACUGACCGAGGCAGAACACUGGUAUAAGGAAUCCCUCCGAGCCAAACCAGACCAUAUACCUGCACACCUCACUUACGGCAAGCUCCUGGCAAUGACGGGUCAGAAAACGGAAGCGGAGAAGUUCUUUCUCAAGGCGAUCGAGCUCGAUCCCACUAAAGGGAACUGCUAUAUGCAUUAUGGUCAGUUUUUGCUGGAGGAGUCACGGCUUUUGGAGGCCGCUGAAAUGGCAGAGAAAGCGGCCCAGUUGGACAGUGAAGAAUUUGAUGUGGUUUUCAGUGCAGCUCACAUGCUCAGGCAAGCCAGCCUCAAUGGUGCUGCUGAAAAGUACUACAGACAAGCAGCCAACCUGAGACCCAAUUAUCCCGCAGCCCUCAUGAACCUCGGAGCCAUUCUCCAUCUCAACGGCAAACUCCAGGAAGCGGAGGCCAAUUAUCUGCGAGCCUUGCAGCUGAAGCCGGAUGACACCAUCACUCAGUCCAACCUGCGGAAGCUGUGGAACAUCAUGGAAAAACAGGGCUUGAGGACCAUGGCUCCUUGACUUGGACAUAUUUGAUGGAGCACCUUCACUGAGCUUGUUUUCUCUGAGCUCUCGCUAAUGAGAGGUAAUCAGCAUCAUAGGGCUUCAAUCCUGGGUUACCUCACGGGACGAGCAACUACGUCUGGUAAAACCAAUAAUCUAGAACUGUGGAGCUCCCCAGACGUGUCAGAAGUUCUUAACUUGAAGUUGCCCAUAGAUACAUACUUGAAGUCUCAUGAUAAAUUCGAUUUUAAUGAGUUAGUCAAUGCUUAAUAGUCUUGAAGGGCAAUAUUUGCCCUUAGGCUGUAUGAAAUUGCGAAGGAAUGAGAGUGCUACAACCCCCAUGAGGCUAUACUCUGCAUGUACAGUACAUUUCUUCAUUCAUAUGAUUGGAAUCAUUAAUAUUUAAUGAGCACAUCAUGGCUGGUGGAAACGCGGAAACAAAAAAUCAUAUCAUCGAAACAUCAACAAAAUAAUGAGAUAAAUAGACCAAACAUGAAAUAAACAUUUCUCACUGUAAAAUACAAGCAUUCUUUGUGUCAAAAUGAUCGAUUUGUGAGGUUGUAGACUUAAUGACACUGUACAUAGUAGCACGGAUGAUAUGUGAAGUUUGCGGUAUUUUUUGCGAAUGCAUUUGCACGUUCCAUCAACGUUCCAUCGAUCCAGACACGCCUGCCCACGACACUAGAUCAUUUUUUGGGUUCAAGAAAUUGGAUCCUUUUGAUUAAUCUUGCCAAAAAUGAUAGGAAAACAGGAAAGGAACAUUCGAUAAGCUAUAUAUAGCCUGAAGGAAAUGUUAGAAAUUGAACUUGCAAGCUCUCUUUGCCUUACUUUGCGAAAAUCUGUUACUUGUUGCAUUGCUAAUAUAAGAUGGGGAUGGAAAAUGUUCACUUGUUAUAAAAUCACAUUCAGCAGUGUGUUAAUUCACAGUUACAGUACACUACCGUUCAAAAACUUGGGGUCGGUAAGAAUUAUUAUUUUUCUU